UCAAAGCACCAUGUCAUCUCGAUCUAUAACUAUAGUGUCCUCUGGAAGGAGCACAGGACUUGACUACAAUGGUUUGAGGAUGCAUGGUGCUCAGCUUUCCUCACAACCCAAAUUCCUGCUGGAAGAUGACAGGGAGUCCGGCAUCGGCUCCACCCUUGACCUCACCAGCAGCUUUGAGGGCAACCACCAACAUACCAAUCACCACUCCAACAAACCUUCACUCAGGGAGGCAGACAGACACCCUAAAGAGAAAGGUGCCUCUCCACAGACCUCAGCAGAGAGUCCAAACAGGAUCAAACAACUAAUUAUCAAUCUAUCCAAGGUCCCUCUCCUCUUCAUUCUCCUCUUCCUCUUUGUUUGCUCCUUGGACACUUUGAGCUCUGCCUUCCAGUUAGCAGGGGGUAAAGUAGCAGGGGACAUCUUCCAGGACAAUGCGGUGCUGUCUAACCCUGUGGCAGGGCUGGUAGUGGGGAUCUUGGUUACUGUGCUGGUCCAGAGCUCAUCCACCUCCACCUCCAUCAUCGUCAGUCUGGUGGCCUCCGGAUUGUUAGAAGUGAGGUCGGCUGUUCCAGUCAUCAUGGGAUCCAAUAUUGGGACUUCAGUCACGAACACCAUCGUCGCCAUGAUGCAAGCCGCAGAGAGGACCGAGUUUCAACGUGCCUUUGCCGGGGCAACAAUCCACGAUUGUUUCAACUGGCUGUCUGUCCUGGUUCUGCUGCCGCUAGAGGUGGUGAGCGGGCUCAUGACCCGACUGUCACACCUGCUGGUCACCAGCUUCAGUCUCCAACCUGGGGAGGAGGCACCUGAGCUGCUCAAAGUCAUCACUGAGCCAGUCACCAAGCUCAUAAUACAGCUCGACAAGUGUGUGAUCACAGGCAUCGCCAUGGGAAAUGAGGACAUGAGGAACAGGAGCCUGGUGAAAGAAUGGUGCCAGACUGACCUCGUUAUGUCCAAUGGAAAUGGAAGCACUACCCCUGAAAACUGUAGCCCCGGCCAUUACCAUUUACACAAAUGUAGACAUUUGUUUGUGUCUACCCAGCUGUCAGACCUCUCCGUGGGUCUGAUUCUCCUGGCAGGCUCCCUGGUCGUCCUCUGCACCUGUCUACUGCUUCUGGUCAAGCUGCUUAACUCUCUUCUCAAAGGCCAAGUAGCAAAGGCCAUCCAGAGAGUCAUCAACACAGACCUGCCAUAUCCGUUUGGGUGGCUGGCAGGAUACAUGGCCAUGUUUGUGGGUGCUGGUGUGACAUUUGUGGUCCAGAGUAGCUCUAUCUUUACUUCCGCCAUGACUCCGCUGGUAGGUAUUGGUGUGAUCAGUCUGGAGCGGGCCUAUCCUCUCACCCUUGGGUCCAACAUCGGCACCACUGCCACAGCCCUGCUGGCAGCUCUAGCUAGUCCCGGGAACAAGCUGGCUGCUGCCAUACAAAUCGCUCUCUGUCACCUCUUCUUUAACGUCUUUGGCAUUCUGCUGUGGUAUCCUCUUCCCUUCACACGUUUGCCAAUAAGGAUGGCUCGUGUCCUGGGGGAGCGCACCGCCAAGUACCGCUGGUUUGCAGUUCUGUAUCUUCUACUUUGCUUCUUGCUCCUGCCCUCGUUGGUGCUGGGUCUCUCACUGGCCGGCUGGAGGGUGAUGGCUGGGGUCGGGGCUCCUUUCCUGGGCGUGACCGUCUUCAUCACCAUGGUAAAUGUAAUGCAGGCUCGCAGCCCCCGUCACCUGCCCACCAAGCUCCAGACUUGGGAUUUCCUCCCGCAGUGGAUGCGCUCUCUCAAACCGCUUGAUCGCCUGAUCACCAAGGCAACUGUCUGCUGUAGCUUUGCAUGCAAGGAGGGGCAGGGAGAGGAAGAAGAGGAAGACAUAUCGACACAGACGACCUCUGUUGACUCGAAGAUGGAGUCAGCCCAGAGGAAGGUAGACCUGGCAUAUGACAACCCAGUCCUGGAGUACGUGGAUGAGCGCAGACCAGGUGUACGGGUGCUAAAAUUAAAAGGGUUAGAGAGGUGCAACAGCACUCCGCUGUAGUGGGAAUGCACAGUAUUUUGUUAAGGCUGUGGGAAGAGAAAGAUUGAGAAAAGCCAUUUUAUAACACUUGGAAAUAAAUCCAAAUCUGAUUAUGGAUCGACUGAUUAGCUAGGCUAAAUACCAUGAGUUCACUAUGAGAUUUUAGCUCCGAAAACAUCAGCUGAGAAUCGACUUAACUCUGCAGCUGGAAGCCAAACCAAACAGUGAUCUAUGUGCAGUGGUGUAACUCCUGAAACUCAUGAUGAACAUGACAGAACAAUCUAACCUCAAGAUGCAUUUAAUAACUAUUUUGGAUUUUUCUGUAGUAGAAUAGCUGCUAACAUCUUCUGCACAGCAAAAGUUUCAGCUGCAUUUUUCAGUUGUCGGUCUUACACAUCUGACGGAACAUAUACAGUAGAUGUAUCAGCUUUCCUUUCACUCAUGUCUUACAUGCAGCCCCAAGCAUAUUUUCACUUAAAGUCUGUUUUCUUCCAUUUUAUGCACAUAACUACAGUGAUUGCGUGUUGUGCUCUGAGCACUGCCAAAACAUGGGUGCCUAAACACAUCCUGUGAAGACACUGAUGGGGGACUGAAGCGGCUGCUGAUGCUCUGCUAUCAUGCCUUUCACUUCACCAGGCAUUGUGUAAGAUGUUAUCCGGUUAUAGAAAUAGUAAUAUAGAUGUUACAAUGUCCAUUUUUACUGAGCACUUUAAGAACUUCUCAUCCAAUGCAAAUCCUGUCUGACUUUCAUCCAAUUCCAAUCUGCUAAUGAAGAACAUCAUAUGAUUUAAGGGCGGCCUUUAAUCAUAAAGCUACUAAAUGGACUUUGAGGUAAUUGUUUUGUCAACUGCUGUCUUCAAGGUUAUAAAUUUACUUUAAAACUCAACUCAUGGUGAAGUACUUUACACAUAAAAUGAAGCAUGAUUCUGUAACUGCAUUAAAGGUUUGCUGUGGAGUUUUU